AUGUGUCCUAAACAAUUUGCUGAUGCUGCAGGACUGUCCAUGAAAAAGGCCAAGGUCAGUGCAAUUUUCAGUGGCAUCUCAAGAUCUGCUCCUGGCAACAUUAACAUUGGCAGUAUGGUCAAAUUGUCCAGCAAUCCAUCACCUCAACUCAAGGCAAAUAACCUUAUGAACAACCAGAGCACCAUAAUUCCUCUUUCUAUGAAGGAUGACUACCUGGCCAAAUCAGUGAUUCUGGAGGUGAAAACCCACUUUCAAAACUUUAAUGACAAUUCAAAGAAGCUGGCCCCUGGCAUACAAUUCAUUACUCACAACAUCAAAGCUGGUUUAUCUCCCAACACCUUUCUUGUCAUGGACAUACAUUAUAAUGAAUACACUGGUGGUACCAACACCACUAUCACCAAAAUAUUGACCAUGUACCUUGGACAUGACUUUCUAAAAUCAAUAGCAUUAUCUUCCAAUGCUGCAAGAAGUGAUAAGACUGUCAACAGAAUGGUGAAUGGGAAUGCACCUUGGUACAACCUAACUCCUCAUGCUAGGAGAGGAUGGAGAGGAUUGUUUAUGGCGAGCUGUGGCCCUGCUAUUAGACAUAUCUGGGACUUUGCUGGCCAUGGUGUCCAAUAUAGUCCACUCACUUGUUAUGGAUACCAGCAUCUUUGGAUGCACUAA